AUGAUUCUAUUAAUUAUAGCACUUCUACAAAUAAGUUAUGCGUUUAAUAAUCAAUGUUCAUCUGCUACUUUAGUUGAUUUAACAACUAUGAAUGAAUUUUCUGUUACAGAAGACACUACUCAGUCUACUCUUUCGUCCUAUCGAGUUGGAAGAAGGGUGAUUAAACAGAAGGGAAAAUGGUAUCGAAUUCACACCAAUGGGUUAGGUAAUAAUAUUGAAAUUGAUACUUGUUUAUCUGGAACAACAAACUUUGAUUCAAAAAUCAUGGUCUUUGGAGGUUGUUCAAGAGGUAUUGGAACACAAUUACUGUCAAUGAAUGAUGAUAGUUUUACUGGUUGUGGUUCAGCUGCUAGGUUGAUAUUUAAUGACCAGAGAAAAACAACUUUCUUUGUUUUUAUUACUGGGUCUGAUGUAAAUGAUGUUGGAAUUUUUGGGAUUAG